AUGAUUCACUCUCCACCUCUUCCUCUCACCUGUCUCCCUCCCCCUCUUAGCGACAGCGACUCUUGGCGACGACCUGCCUCGAUCGUAUCCGACUUUUCCAAAUCAUCUACACUGACCCGCAAUAAUCCUCCUCCAUCGUCUUACAAUCGACGUUCGCAAUCUUUAGAGAUCCUGAAAACGAUCUCUGUCCUGGCACCCGCUUACGAAGGCUACCACCAGUUGAAAAAGACCAACAAUUCUGUUCAUGACGCUGUCGCAAGAACCGCAAUGUCCAACAUGGCCACUGGUCUACAGUCUCAACCUAAGAAACCUGGAUUCUUUCGACGCAUGUCUUUGUCCACUGCCCAGAACAAGCCAACGGUGCAGCCAUCAAUAAAUGACAAUGGUUUACGAGUUGGACCAAAAGGGUAUGGAAGAUCGGUGUCUGGGCCAGGACCAUCUUACAGGCAGGAUAUCGUUGCUGGACCAUCAUACGAAUCCCUUCCGGCUGGGGCAGCCCCUAGUGCGUUUCGUCGUAGGGAUGAUUUAGAUAGUAACAUGGAUCAGAGGAGGAGGACACCAGCGGAUCAAACUCCAAAUUCCCAAUCUCAACCAAAACCAAAUAAACCUAAUCCGACACCUAUCGCUUCAGCUUUCACAAGUCCUCCGGCAGCUGAUUCCCAGUCUCCACCGGCAGCAACGCCGAGAAGUAGAUAUCCAAUACACCCAGCUCUUGCGUCACCUCCUACCUCUACUCCUCGUCGAUUGAGCGCGACAUCGCCAUAUGAUCCUAUCAAUCCCCCAGUCGUCUCGGCAGCUAGUCAAGGCGGACAGAGAUAUGAUGAUGUUGCUAGCACGACGAAACAGCUUCCUGCAAACCACUCAGUCAAUCUGCACGGCAAAUCCACCGAACAACUUCACUCACAAUCUACUAGCCAUCAUCGACAAGGCCAUUCAUCGUCACCUCAUACGCCGCGUCACGUACAGGCUGACCACGUCACCGCCGUUCUGUCUUCGAAACCACAAUCCCCUUUGCAUGGGAGCGAGAGGACCCUUAUGGCACCCGAUGCUACUCAUCAGAAUGGCACAACUCGGUCUACGGCAAAGCGCCAUGAUACAGCGCGCUUCAGUCGGUUCGACGAUGCAGACAUCCCGAAUUCUGGAACUCUUCCCGUUGGUGCUCAGGCAACGGUCUACGCUCACGACAAGCAGUCGGAAAUCAAGCCGAUGGUCAGCGCGCGACGUUCAGCUUCAUCCAGUCGCCGAACGCCAAUGCCCAAGGUUGAGAAGAAUAGUGGGUCAAGUACUAGGCAGGGAAAUUCUAGCAAGCAGGAUAAUACUGCUAUCGCUCUGGAAACACCUACGUUAGCGGACAAGACCAUUUCCCCACGACCACCGAACUCCGAAGCAAAAGCUCAGGAGCAGUUAUCCGAGGCCGGAGCAUACGCCAAAGCUAUAGCUGCUACCAUUAGCAAUCAUCGUGCUGUAGAAACUCCUCGAGAGACAACAGGAAAACCUACGGUAACCGCUACUCCCCCAAAAGCACGAGCGACAAGGCCUCUGCCGACCCCACCAACUCUCAAUUCCAGGAACUCUUCAAAAGCGAACGUUGUCGUUAUCGCAAGCAGCUCUAAGCUUCAACAGACUUCGCCAAAACAUAGCCUUAAGAGAGAGACUAGUACUGAGAAAGGAGAUCGACAUCUAGCCACGCCAACCUCCCCGAAUCUUGUCAAAAAUGACAAAAGGUCUUCAGUGCGACCACUCAAUUUCGACUUUCCACGCUCUCCUACGCUUCCACCGUUGAUCGACCCUCGUACGACUCAAGAUAAGAAAUUAGAUCCCAUCAGUCAAUGGAGUCGUGACACCCCCUCUCCUGUAUCUCCCAAUGGCCAAGCACCCCUUGCAACUUCUCAACUACCGCCCCGUCUAUCGUCAGCUCAGUCCAGAAGAGCCGUCAGCUCUCCACUGGCAAGCCCGACAAACGAAGUCAGGAAGGAUUUUGGUGUCUCGCAUAUUGCUUCGCCGACGAUCGCCCCAAGUCCUCCGACUCAAGUUCGUCCACAAAUGAUUGCUAGAGAAAGACCUCGAGCAACUCUGACUUUUCUGCUACUUCAUGCUCCUAUUCAAGCUGCUUUGUUGGCUCAUAUGUCGAUAAACUCUUUUCUCUCCCUCACUGGUGCAUCCGAUCUUAUACGCAAAAGGUUUACCGGUGAGGCGAUAGGACGAUGGGUGUUGGGAGAAUGGGGAGUCCAGGUUGAUCGUGAAAAAGGAAGAAGCUGGCCAAACUUGACCGUUUGGGAAGGUUUUUUGGAAUCCUUAUUGCAUGAUCCGAUCACAUACAGCACAUACCCAGCUCAAUGGUACAACCUACUACAACAUCUAUGCUUGUCACAUACGCUCAUAGUACUUCACCUGCGUCAACUACCUUUGACUGCGUUUCCAAAUCCACCACCACUAUCUUUCGAGGACGAUUUUGUCAACCCCACACCAAAUAUGGCCAACUUGCCCUUCUCAAGCUCUUUCAACAGUUUUGGGAGCCAAAGACCCCGCUCACGUUUAGGUAGUGCAGCUGGAUCUGAUGCUGGAAGUCUUGCGCCGGCGACAAAGAUGCCUCGCCAAGAAAGACUCGUGGAAAUCGUUAUGCCCGAGCCUCUUGCUGCUCAGGGUCCGCAGGACGACGAGCCUACAUCGUUUCCCACCACACAGAAAGUACGCCGACGUGGCUCCAUUGGCUCCAUAGCUUCUGCUGCAUCUUUUUCUUUUGGUCGACGACGAACUGCGAGUAUAAGUGCAGAGCCUCGAGCCGAGAUAUCACCCAAUGCCCCUGCAGCCCCAAUGCCUUCGGGUAAAGCAGCUCUGCCACCGGUCAGCUACCCGUCAGCAAAACGAUACGGCUUCAAACGACAUGGCGAACCUUCUCGUUCUCGUAAAUCCUCGGAAUCGAGCCGACCUGGAUCAAUAUUUUCCGUACAAAGCACACCCUCUUUCUCCGCCCAUCAACGCGUAUCAAGUGUGUAUAGCGGGCGACCAUCAUUCGCAGUCGAUAGGAAUGCUCCGCCGGUCCCUGGCUUUCCCGCGGGACUAUCAAUGCCUCCUCCUAUUGGCGGUGGUGGAACUCGAUCAAGCUUUGCGAGCAGCGACGGCGGCCGAUCAGGGCGUCGUUCUGAAAAUGGUGGAAAUUCACCCAUAUCCGGCGUAUUCCUCUCUAGAAGAGACUUCGGUACACCACCUCCCAACCGGCCAGAACCUUGUUUCGACCGUCCAAUACCGUUCACUGUAGGCCGGGCUCCGAUCCUGAGGGUAUUCGUGCCUUUAUCAGAUCGGAUUCAACGUUGGCCUUCGGCUGAAGGAGCUGCUGCUGCCACCAAGGAGCUGGAAAAGUGUGGUGCCCUGAGGAGAAUGAAACUGGGUGAUAUAGUCGUCAACACCGCCAUACGUCAACCCAAGACUACUGAACAUGUUUUGGUGUAUGUGCCGUUCGUUCGGCACUUGCUCGUUCCGCUUGAUUAUACCUUUUCUCCGAAUGGCAAUUUGCCGUCAUACGUCAACGGGUUCGACAUCGCUCCUUCGUACUACUAUCCUUUCCUACCUACACCUCAAGUCAUAUUCCUGAAUCUCGCGCCUUUUGCUGAAAGAGCGAUGAAAUCCAUCCGUCUGGCAUACGAUCGUCGAGAUGUGACUGUGGCUUCUGGAGCUAGGCUGAGCGCAAAGAGGUAUUUGCAUGUAGCUGGAUUUGAGGUUCAUCAGGCGGAUCCAGUUGCACCUGAAUGGUAUGGCAUGGUGUCAUUGGAGGCGGAAGGCACAGCUGAAGGCAAACAGGAUAUCGAGGCUCGAUUGGUGGGUCUCAAUGGAUCGCGACCAGUGAUGGGACCUUGGGAGUUGGUUAGAGAGAAGAGCAUGAUGGGAACGAUCUGGUUAAGGUUGAUCAAGUAA